GGCUGGCGCUCCACGUGAUGGCGCGUGGGCUGGGUGGCUGGCGGAAGUGCUCGUGCUGGACGCGGCGCGAGCGGAGCCUGUAGCCAGGGAUCGAGCCGGCGGCGCGAGCGGAGCCUGUAGCCAGGGAUCGAGCCGGCGGCAGCGCGCGAUGGCCUAUCAAUACCGGCCGCCGCAGCACAACGGCGGCUGCGACCAGGCCUUCCUCUGGGGCGUCUUCCAGAGGGUCGAUAAGGAUCGAAGUGGGGUUAUAUCUGAAAGUGAGCUCCAACAAGCUUUAUCCAAUGGGACGUGGACGCCUUUCAAUCCGAAGACCGUUCGGGCCAUCGUAGGAAUGUUUGACCGGAAUAAUAGAGGAGGAGUGGAUUUCAAUGAAUUUGUGGGUCUUUGGAAGUAUAUAAAUGACUGGCAGAACAUUUUUCGAACUUAUGACAGAGAUAAUUCCAAUUUCAUUGACAAGAAUGAAUUGAAACAGGCUUUAACAAGUUUUGGGUAUCGUCUGUCAGAUCAAUUCUACAAUGUUCUUCUAAGCAAAUUUGACCGACAAGGAAGAGGGCAGGUAGCCUUUGAUGAUUUUAUUCAGUGCUGCAUUGUCUUGCAGAGGCUGACUGAUGUAUUCAGACGAUUUGAUACUGACCAGGAUGGCUGGAUACAAGUUUCAUAUGAGCAGUACCUCACAAUGGUCUUAAGUGUAGUAUAAAUUUUUGCUACUUUAUAAUCCUUUGCCUUUGUAAUGUUCAUAGUCUAUCAUUAGACCAUUCAUUUAACUGAAAUUAUCAUAAAACACAAUUUAAACCUAGUUUAGAACAGAUAAACGCUCAAGUAAAAUUUAAAGAAUGCAUAUCUGCAUAAGAUUGACAAAUUGCACUUACUUUGUAAAAUGGAAACAUUUGACUACUGUACACUUUUAAUGUCAUUAGCAUGCAGCUGUGCCAUCCUGUCUUCUAUUGCAAUCAGUUUUGAUAACUAGAUAUACAGCAGCUACCUAUGGCAAAAAAUAGCUGUAUAAAACAUAUUAUGCAUGGUGCCUUAUUUCUCAGGUACAUAACACAAUUCUAUAAACUUUUCUGCUAUUCAGACUAAUUGAGAAAAAUUUGUGAUGCAGACUAUCCUUGGCAAGUUUCUUGGUAAACUUAACUCUAAAUGCUUAAUAUACUUUAACAUUUUAGAAUUGGUUCUAGAACUUGUUAUGGUUUAAUAUUAAUGGGAAUCAAUUAUGUUAGAAAUGUGCAAGCCAAUAAGCUGUUCUUUAAUGGAAUUUGCUCUUAUGUGCUAUGUAUAAAUAGAAUGUGCCAGAUGUUCAUUUACUGUAAUAGCCUAUUGUAAUUCAAACUUGAAAAUAAAUAUCUUUUCAGUACAUCUUGAA